CGGUUUGCUUCAGUGGUGGCUGGCGCGGGACGCGUCGCUGUUAUAAGGGGGGAUCCCGGGCUCGCGCGCUCAGUGUGCCCGAGAAUCCUGUGCCGUGCGCCCCGCGAGUGUCCCGUCUGCCUCUCACCGCCAAUAUGCAGCUCGUCCUCGCAACAUGCUUCCUGCUCUUCGCAGCCACCCUCGGCCCUGCUGCAGCACAAAGGAUAACAACAAUUCAGCUGGAUGGCGUUCAAUACUUCAUUUCCAGAAUGAACCCCUACAGUCCAGAGCUCAACUAUUUCCUAGCUUAUCAAUACUGCAGAUCGCUAGGUUUGCAGCUAGCAUCCUUUGAGACAAAAGAAAAGGCGGACUCUAUAACAACGUAUCUCACAAAUGCAGGCUACAACAAAUACGAUUUCUGGACAUCGGGCAACAACCUGGGUACGGACAUGUACCUGUGGAUGAGCACCGGGCUGCCGUUCAACGCCACAUUCAACUACAUGCGGCGCCUCACCGUGGACAUGCCCAGCACGCGCGACGACAGCAUCGACCCGUUGGAUGUGCCGCAGGGAAGCACCGCGCCGCAGCGCACCGCACGACAUGGCACCGAGCACGUGAUGACGAACGGUUGCGUGGCCCUCAAAGCGCCCACCUUCCACUGGGAGCCCCAGCACUGCGGCGAGAUCAAGGACUUCAUCUGUGAACAGACGCGCUGCUACUACUACAACUACGGCUCCAUCCCCGUCUCGUCGGCGCAGGGGAAGCCGCUGUCUCUCACGACCACGACGACUGCACACCCGCUCACGUCGUCGUCGCCGCCGCCGCCGCGCUCCGAGCACCUGCCGACCCACUUCACUCUCAACGACCUCAUCGGCAAGCUGCGCCCCUCCUCGCUUGACGGUCUUCAGUCGCCGCAUCUUAAGGCCGGUGCUCUGUUGAAAUCACCGCCGCAAAUCGAUUCCCACUAUUCGCGGGCUUCCGAUGCUCACGCUCACGAUAUCGAACAGGAGCAGAAAGAGGAGCCCACGCAGGGCCCUUACGAGGAGGAUGAGGGCAUGGUCGGCGACGAUCCGUCAGCUUAUUUGAGCCAUAUCGCCGACACUGCCGCCGAUGAGCCCUCCACCGCCGAGCCGGACGCAACCGAGCACUCCGUCCACGCCAGCGGUAUGCUGGCACCGCCCGCCUUCUAGUUAGUGUCCGGCAGGGUGCGUGGUCGUUUAAAGCUUUCAAAUCAAUCAGGUAUUCUUUCUACCAAAAGUAGUGUUCGAUUAAUGAAUGAAUCGUGAUUUAAAGUAAUUUGCGAUAGAGCUUAUUAAGGGUGCUUAGACUGUUCGUGUUGUGUAGAUUUUUUUUAGAAUCUUUGUAAUCGUCGCCAAACGACGUUAGGGACUAAAGUUCUUCGGGACUGUGUGUUCUCGUGAAGGUGCUGGCGACUCGCGCUUGCGACUUGCCUCCGUCUUCGGGAAUGUUGAAUAUCACAAAAUGAGUAUUCCACGAAUGGAUACCUUAACAUCUACGUUAAUUAAGUAGUUAUAUCAGAUCUCUGGUGAUUUUAUUAAACCGUAACAUGUAUUAAUUUAAUUAAGUAAGUGCAAAUCGGAUUAUUUGUCAGGACAUAUCAUUCGAAAUAGUGGUAUAAGAUAGUGUUUAUAUCGAUACGUACCUAGUUAAGUAUUUUAAGUUGAAACUCAAGAAUUUAAAGAAUAGUGAUGUAACGAAGUUAAUAAAGUUUAAAAUUUGUAAUUGGA